CGUAAACCCAGACUCAUGAGCUGAGAACUAACUGCUGUCUGACCCUUUUCGAAAGCAAUGAGCUUCCAUGCAAGGGCAUGGCUUUCCGCAUGUGAGAGCGGAGAUUAAAAGGUACUUCACCAUCUUCAGAGGAUCGAUCUUCAAUGCCGGCUGUGUUGACUCUUUAAAGCUGGUUGAAUGCUUCUUCAAGGCUCAGCGCGAGUUGGUCUCAGCGCACGCGCUGAUGUCAGGCGGCGGGGAAAGCUCCGCAGUACAAAGGAUCUGGAAUGUUUGGUCAACAGCCAACGUUGGGCCAGAGAAGGUUCUGCAGGGAGCAGCAAUUCUGAACCUGGACCCUGAGAGGACAACAAAGUUGGCAAAUGUUGUUCACGCUCAGGAGGGACUGACGCUUAAGCUCGCUAGCGCACGCUCCAUCAUCUCUGCGGUGACAGAGGAGCACCUCCACGAGGACUAUUUGGAAGUGGCUAAUCAGCAGUACCUUGUGACGAACACCUCUGAGCGACUAUACCACGCGAGGAGCGUCAGCAGCCUCACGGGCGCCGGGUUGAUACUGGUCCCCACGGGAAGCACCGUCGUCUUGGGCGCCUACAAUGGACGAACAGCGGCAGCAGCUAAGGCAGCGGCCGCGACGGAGUCGCUAGCAAACGAGCUCCUUCGACGGGGUUAUUAGCCAGCGAGACAGUCUAGGGCCAGUUGAAUGACCGCGGUCGAGAGUCCACUUGUCAAUAGCGUCACUUUGUGACCAGCGUCAAGCAAGCUGGUUGACUGGGUGGGUCGGGCGCGGCCAUCGUGUUGUGCUUCCACGGAACAAGAUACUGUAGUUUUUGAAUUCGAUACAUCGCCUUUGGAUACGCAUGGGGCUAUGAGAACAUACAUAAGAUCCUGGCUCAAUCUGACCGUUCGAACAAGAAUACUCCAAUUAGGCAGUGACUAUCUUAAAACGGUGGAUUUGUGCGCUGCAACUAGAUGAAAAGGCGAUAGAUUUUGAAAGGGACGGUAUGCUGAAAUGCACUUUUCGAAUUCGAGGCAAAUCGUACGGACGAUACUCAGUAGACAUACCCGCCUAUGAUUUCUGCACGAAAUCAUCCUGUAGAUUUCGGUGACAUAUGUGGAGCGCUGGGUGAGACAAGGCAUACCCAAAUG